GGCAAAGCACGCAUGCGCAGGGUGAAGCGUGAGUCGACGGUGCACUGGACGGGCGCGCGCACGCGUCGGUCCGGAGGAAGGGAGGAGCGCGCGCCUGAGUGGACGUCGUUGACCUGGGUUGGCGUGGGCCGGAAAAGAACCCGCUGAAGGCAUCUGGACCUCUGCCAUGGCUCACAGGCCGAAAAGGACUUUCCGACAGCGCCGAGCCGACUCUAGUGACAGCGACGGCGCAGAGGAGCCAUCUGCUGAACCCGGGGAGCAGGCAGCCCCGGGCCCUGCGGAGGACGGGCCGCCCCCGGGAGGAGGCCGCACAGAGGCAGCGGAACGGGCCCAUCGAGUCCGGGUCCCUCGAGGCCGGGGCCCGGGCCGGGGCCGCGGCCGGGUCUGGGCGAGUUCUCGGCGCGCUACGAGAGCGGCUCUUCGCGCGGACGGUGGCUCGGACGUCCCAGAAUCCGGAACAGUUGAUCUUUCAACAGAUGAAGAGAACGGAACACAUCAUUCCUCAGAAAGUAAGGAUGAUCAGAGUUCAUCUUCCGAUAGCUCUAGCUCUCUAGAAGAAGAAUUUUCAUCAAUAGUAAAUAUCCCCGAUGCAGCUUUUAUUCAGGCAGCCCGCAGAAAACGUGUAUUAGCUAGGGCCCAAGAGGACUACAUUUCUUUGGAUGUAAAACAUACUUCCACCAUCUCUGGUAUGAAGAAAAACAGUGAUGAAGAGUCUGACAGUGAGCCUGAUAACCAUGAAAAUAGAAUACUAUUUACCCCAAAGCCUCAAACACUUAGACAAAGAAUGGCUGAAGAAACAACAACUAGAAAUGAAGAAACAGGUGAAGAAAGCCAGGAAGAUGAAAAUCAAGAUAUUUGGGAAGAGCAGCAAAUGAGGAAAGCAGUUAAAAUCACAGAGGGACGAGACAUAGACCUUUCCCACAGUAGUGAAUCUCAAACGGUGAAGAAGUUUGAUACUUCCAUUUCAUUUCCACCAGUAAAUUUAGAAAUUAUAAAGAAGCAAUUAAAUACAAGAUUAACAUUACUACAGGAUACUCACCGUUCACACCUAAGGGAAUAUGAAAAAUAUAUACAAGAUGUGAAGAGCUCGAAGAGUACCAUCCAGAACCUAGAGAAUUCAUCAAAUCAAGCUUUAAAUUUUAAAUUCUAUAAAAGCAUGAAAAUUUAUGUGGAAAAUUUAAUUGACUGUCUAAAUGAAAAGAUUGUCAGCAUUCAAGAAAUAGAAUCAUCCAUGCAUGCUCUCCUUUUAAAACAAUCCAUGACCUUUUUGAAACGCAGGCAAGAUGAAUUAAAACAUGAAUCAGCGUAUUUACAACAGUUAUCAUGCAAAGCUGAGACAUCAACAAAUGGAACCUUGGCUAUAGAUGAAAAAACUCAAUGGAUUUUAGAAGAGAUUGAAUCUCGAAGGGCACAAAGAAGACAAGCAAGGGAGCUUUCUGGGAAUUGUGAUCAUCAGGAAGGGACAUCUAGUGAUGAUGAACUGUCUUCAUCAGACACGACUGACUUCCAAAAAUGCCAAGGUGACAUUUUACAGGUUCAUAAGAAGAUUUUUGAAGAUGUGCAUGAUGAUUUUUGUGAUAUCCAGAAUAUUUUGUUGAAAUUUCAACAAUGGCGAGAAAAGUUUCCUGAUUCUUAUUAUGACGCUUACAUUAGUUUAUGCAUACCGAAGCUUUUAAAUCCCCUAAUACGAGUUCAGUUGAUUGAUUGGAAUCCUCUUAAGUUUGAUUCCGUAGGUUUAAAACAGUUGCCAUGGUUCACAUCUAUAGAAGAAUUUAUGAAUAGCAGUGUGGAACAUUCAAAGAAGGAAGAUAGUUCUGAUAAGAAAAUCUUGCCAAUUGUCAUCAACAAAACAAUUAUCCCUCGACUUACAGACUUUGUAGAAUUCAUAUGGGAUCCCUUGUCGACUUCACAGACAACAAGUUUAAUAACGCACUGCAGAAUGAUUCUUGAAGAACUUUCCACUAGUGAGAGUGAAGUUAGUAAAGGCAAACAGGAUUUACUUAAAUCCAUUGUUUCAAGAAUAAAGAAGGCAAUAGAAGAUGAUGUCUUUAUUCCUCUGUAUCCAAAGAGUGCUGUAGAAAAUAAAACAUCACCACAUGCAAAGUUCCAAGAAAGACAGUUCUGGUCAGGUCUAAAGCUCUUCGGCAAUAUUCUUUUAUGGAAUGGACUCCUCCCAGAUGACACCUUGCAGGAGCUAGGACUAGGGAAGCUGCUAAAUCGUUACCUUAUUAUAGCUCUUCUUAAUGCCAUACCGGGGCCAGAUAUUGUUAAAAAGUGCAACCAGAUAGCAGCAUAUUUACCAGAAAAAUGGUUUGAAAAUUCUGCCAUGAGAACAUCUAUUCCCCAGCUUGAAAACUUCAUCCAGUUUUUAUUGCAGACUGCACAUAAAUUAUCUAGAAGUGAAUUCAGGAAUGAAGUCAAAGAAAUAAUCCUUAUUCUGGUGAAAGUAAGAGCUUUGAAUCAAGCAGAAUCCUUCAUAGAAGAAUGCCACUUAGACCAUCUUAUAUCAGUAAUUAAAGAAGUUUGAAUAACCUUUAUAGGAAAGUACUAAAAUGAAAUUUUAGUAUAGUCACACUGCUCCUUUGCUGGGGAAAAAAAAAAACCUGGUGCCUCUUUAGCCCUAGUAAUGGAGACAAGGCUUUGAGGGGGAGGGAGGGGAAAGGACUUCAUCCCUCCAUUCCUUCCACUUUCUACCUUCUGGUAGCAGGAAAGGCUGCCCCUCCUGAUUCUGUGCUGUUUGCAGGAAUUAAGCUCACAGGGACAGAAGAGUUUAACGUAUUUCCCUUUGAUUCUUUUGGAUGCUUUUCCAGUUUAAGAGAGGAGUUGGAAAAGCCUUGCUUAUAUGGCUGCUUUGGCUUUGGUGUCUUCUGUCCUGAUUCAUAAAUACAUCUUUUAGUUCUUUUCAUUUUAGUUAUCUCUAUUUACAAAUAAAUUAAAAUGGAAAUCUUAAUAGGAAUGAAUUGUUAAGUAUUAAUUGAUUAAGGCAUUUUAAGGCUUUGAUGACUAAUGAUUAUCAAAUUGUCCUUCCGAAAUCUAUACCAAUGUAUUGUCCCAACACAAGUGCAAGAGAGGCCAGUGGGCAAUAGGCAUUAUCAUUUUAACUCACUGUAAAUUUAAUAGGUGAAAAAAAUCUUAAUUGUUUCUUUUGGCAUUUGAAAGUGAAUGCUUGUUUUUUGGCCAUUUGUAAUUCUUCUUGACAUUUCCAUUCAUCUUUUUCUUAUGAAUUUGUAAGAACUUCAUGUUUUAAAGAUAUUGGUGUUAGUUUUUCUUUAUCUGCCAUUUUUCUUUUAAUUUUGUGCAUGAUCUUUUUGGUAUACUAAGUCAUUACUUGUUAGGUAGUUACUACUAUUUUUUGUUAUGGUUUUUGUCAUUGGUGGUAAGCUUAGAGAAGAAAUAGGUAUUUUAAAUAUUCAGAACAUGUUAUUCAUCUUCUAAUCAAAUAUUUGUAUAAUUAAAAUCUGAGGCAAGAUAAUUGAAUCAAAAAGUUGAGCAUAUUUUUCAAAGUAUGGGUUUACUAAUAAUUUUUCUUAAAUCUGUUUGUAAAGAAACUCUGGCAACCCUAUAUACAUAUACUUUGCAUAUUGUUGCACAAAAGAUAAUCAGAAAAAAAUUGAUUAUACUGUAGGAUUUGAGCAUGUGGCCUGUGACACGAUCACCUGCACUUUUGAAGCUGCAUGUAUUGUAGUAGAUUGAUGUGUUUAUUUCUACUGCACUGAAGACUUGUGAUUCACUCGAACAAUUUUUUUAAAGUUUAUUUUAGUUACGUAAGUUACACAGGAAAAGAAUAUCAUCUAGAAAAUUCAAGCCGUUAAUGAAAAGUAUUUCACAUUCUCACACAAUUAUUACCAGAGGUAGCUGCUGUUUUCACUUCAGUGUUGUUACCCUUUGAGACCUUUUCUCUAUUUACAAAACUGUGUGUGUGUGUCUUUAUUGUUUACAUAAAUGAGACAUACUUUAUUGUAUAUGAAAUUUGUAAUUUUUUACUAUUAAAAUGUACAUUUGUAAGUUUC